AUGCCCCGUGUCCGCCAACGGUCCGCAAAGCGCCAGGUGUACUGGUGGACCGCCGAGAUCGCGCAAUUGCGCAUAGCGUGCGUUGCGGCUCGUCGCCGGUACACCCGAUACCGGAGGCGGCGUCGACGGGAUUCCGCCGAGGAGGACGCGCUGUAUGAGGUGUACCGCGUGUCUAAGGAGACUCUGUGGCUGGCCAUCGGCGACUCAAAGUCGCGUGCCAGGGAGGAGCUGCUGGGGUCCCUAGAUCGGGAUCCGUGGGGGCGCCCCUACCGUUGGAUACGGGGCAAGUUGCGUCCCUGGGCGCCUCCACUAACACAAAGGAUGCAACCCCAGUUGCUAGAGUCGGUGUUAUCGACUCUCUUCCCUGAGCGAGUGGGACACGUUCCCCCGGCGAUAGCUUCGCCCUCAGCCACAGACUCUCCAGAAGAGGAGAGCACCGAUGUCCCCGAGGUGACGCAAGCAGAGACGAGAGUGGCCGUGUCGCGACUCCGGGCUAAGAACACAGCGCCCGGACCCGACGGAGUUCCUGGUCGAGCUCUCGUCCUGGCUCUGAAGGAGCUAGAGCCCCAGCUGAGAGGGCUCUUCACGGCAUGUCUCGAGCAGGGUCAGUCUCCCAGUGUGUGGAAGGAGGGGAGGCUGGUCCUGCUCAGGAAGGAGGGGCGCCCCGCGGACUCACCGUCCGCGUACCGGCCCAUAGUGCUACUCGACGAGGCGGGCAAACUUUUUGAGCGUAUCAUCGCAGAUCGCCUCGUCAGCCACUUGUGCAGAGAGGGGCCGGACCUGGAUGACAACCAGUUUGGUUUUCGUUGCGGGCGCUCCACCAUAGACGCUAUUACGCGCGUGAGGGCCCUGGUGGAGGAGACAGUAUCCCGGGGUGGCGUAGUCCUGGCGGUGUCCUUAGACAUCUCCAACGCCUUCAACACCCUACCCUGGAGUUGUAUUCGGGAGGCGCUGAAUUACCAUCGCGUGCCUCCCUACCUCCGCCGCACAAUAGGGGCUUACCUUGAGGAGAGAUGCGUUACCUAUUGGGGACGUGACGGCGCUGGUCGGCGCGUCAUGUCGUUCGGUGUUCCGCAGGGAUCGGUCCUGGGACCGCUCCUGUGGAACAUCGGCUACGACUGGGUGCUGAGAGGUGAACUCCCGUCGGGCGCCGACUUGACGUGUUAUGCGGACGACACGCCCGGGGGAGUUCGCACAGGGAAGCAGCGUUGGUUUCCACGGCUGCGGUGUCACAAGUGGUGA